CGAGACAGUCGUGCUCUCAUAUGUUUUUUUGUAGCUUUAAUUAGCGAACUAGCGACGAUGAAGCAGAAGCCGUUAGCCCCUUCGCUCGCCCUAAACAGAAAGAAACGCUCAUAUUAUUAAAACAAAAAUCUUUUUGAACGAGAGAGAUGGCAUCGGGCGACAUCCAGGACUUCUACCGGCAAAGGAAGAAGGGCGCCGCCGCCUCUGCCGCCACCGCCAAAAAGAAAUCCGGAAAGCCCCGACGCGGCGGCGCCACCGUGGGAGCUGACGCGGCCCAGACCCCUUUCAUCGUCUCCCACGGAUCCCCCGAUCUCCAAGAUGAUUACGGGCCAGAGGAGGAGAAGCUCCGGCAGUUCGACAUGGACAUGAGGUACGGACCCUGCCUCGGCCUUACCCGCCUCCAGCGCUGGGAGCGCGCCUCCGCCAUGGGCCUCCACCCGCCGCCGGAAGUCGGCGAGCUCCUCCGCCAAAUGUGGCAGGACGAGCUCCGCCGCCGAUCGUCGGAGCCAAAGACUAAGCCUAACCCCGUGCUGGAGUGCCUCUGGGAGGGCCGAGUCUAGAAGAAGGAAAUCACCAAAUCCUUAUCCUACGACCAAGAAAAGGUACUCCUUUGAGCUUAGUUAUAGGAGAAAAAAAAAAAUGGUGGUGAAGCAGAGAGUUACAGCCUCCUUUCUUCUUCUUCCUUUUUUUUUUUGUGUGUAAAAAAAAAGGUUUUUGACUACUAUUAUGACGUUUCGUUGAUCUCAAAUGCUGAAAUUUAUGGUUUUUCCUAUAAU